GCGUUUCGUCUCAUCUCUCAAUAACCAUGGUGCUUGGGAUACUUACUGCGAUUGCUGCUUGUCCCGCAAUCAUAGGAACCACAGAAGCGGUCCGUCAAGGCCAAAGACAGAGCGCCAAAGAGAAGCACAGGGGCCUUAAAACCAAGCUUAUCGUUAAUUGUUCAACUGCCUCACGGACCGGGAAAGAAGUGGAUGGAUGCGAAGUAGUACUAAGCAACGACAAGUUGUAUCUCGCAGUAGCUUCACCCGAAUACGAAGACGUUUCCGAAGACGACCAUCCUUUCGCAGGCUACUUCCUCCCAUAUCCAGACCAGAACUGGGGCCGACAGGGAGAAGGCUUGGUCUCCACCAUCUCGGAUGAUCCGCCGCAACUGAACUGGAUAUACGUCGAUAGAGAUACUCACGAGGUCAAAUACGGCAACCGCGAAGUAUCAGAGUCGCAUGUGAUAGGUCCUUGGGACGUUACCAAGGGCCCAGACAAGCGCGUCACUUUAGAGGGCUGGGAAGGCUUCAUGGCAGUCAAAUAUGGUCCCGGGGAAUGGGCGCUCUAUUUUGACAGGGAUGACGACGGACUAGCGGGUAUAAUUGACCCGGAAAUGGAGACUAUAGAAGUGGUGUUGGUAAGGAGAGAGAGGAAACAGGAAAAGCCCCAUGAUGACGAAUAAGAUCCACGGUAAUCAUGACGGAGCUGCUAAGGUCUCGUAGCGGUUUGUGUUUUGAAGGGCCCAGCUACUUCACUGCUAAGUCGCUCGGUAAUUUUGACCGGCCGUCCGAAAUUAAAGGCUAGUGUACCCCGGACUAGAUAAGCUCCCGUCUGGGAAUCCGCAUGGUAAAGUGACCAUGCAGCCCUCUCUAGUCGUUUUAUAUACCCACGUACUAUGGUU